AUAGCUAUGUCUGCAUCGCCAUGGAAGCCUUGGAUCAGCUCCUGAUGGCGUGUCAUUGUCAGAGCAUCAACCUGUUCGUGGAGAGUUUUCUCAAGAUGGUGGCCAAACUCUUAGAAUCGGAAAAGCCAAACCUCCAGAUUCUAGGAACAAACUCAUUUGUAAAGUUUGCAAACAUUGAAGAAGACACCCCCUCCUACCACCGGAGCUAUGACUUCUUCGUGUCUCGAUUCAGUGAAAUGUGCCACUCCAGCUACGAUGAUGUGGAGACAAGGACCAAGAUCCGGAUGUCAGGGAUCAAGGGCCUCCAGGGUGUUGUGAGGAAAACUGUGAACGAUGAACUUCAGGCCAACAUCUGGGAGCCCCAACACAUGGACAAGAUCGUUCCAUCACUUCUGUACAAUCUUCAGCAUGUGGAGGAGACAGAGAGCCGCUCUCCAUCGCCACUGCAGAGCACAGACAAGGAGAAGGAGAAUCCAGCGGAGCUGGCAGAGAGAUGUCUGAGGGAACUGCUGGGUAGAGCGGCCUAUGGUAACAUCAAGAACGCCAUUAAGCCAGUUCUCAUGCACCUUGAUAACCAUUCCUUGUGGGAGCCUAAAGUCUUCGCUGUGCGAUGCUUCAAGAUAAUCAUGUACUCCAUACAGCCCCAGCACUCACAUCUGGUGAUCCAGCAGCUGCUCAGCCACUUGGAUGCAAACAGCAAGAGUGCCGCCACCAUACGGGCUGGGAUUGUGGAGGUCCUGUCUGAGGCCGCGGUCAUAGCUGCCACAGGUCCUGUUGGGCCUACAGUCCUGGAAGUGUUCAACACUCUUCUGAGGCAGCUGCGACUGAGCAUCGACUAUGAACUUACGGGCAGCUAUGACUCUGCCAUCAACAUAGGUACCAAGAUUAUCAAAGAGCAUGAAGAAAGAAUGUUCCAGGAAGCUGUCAUCAAGACUAUUGGUUCAUUUGCCAGCACUCUGCCCACUUACCAAAGGUCAGAGGUCAUGUUGUUUAUCAUGGGAAAAGUGCCACUUCCUUCAGUGCAUCAUAGUAUGGAACCUGGAAAAGCAGGAGAAAACAGAAAUCGUCUGAUUCAGGUCAUGCUUCUGAAGUCACUUCUUCAGGUGUCCCUGGGCUUCCAGUGUACCAAUAUGCUGACCGCGUUACCCAGCUCUUUCCUUGACCCGCUGCUUUCCUCCACCUUGAUGGAAGACGCUGAGCUCCGACUGUUUGUACUGGAGAUUCUCAUCUCAUUGAUAGACCGCCAUGGGAACAGGCGCAAGUUUUCCACCAUCAGUACAGUCCCGGAUAUCUCUGUCCUGAAUCUGAAGGUGGACAAGUGUUCAAGGCCGGAUACGCUGUUUAUGAAGAAGCAUUCCCAACAGCUAUACCAGCACAUCUACCUGAGCUGUAAUGACCCCAGCAAUGUCCAGGCUCACUAUGAAGCUCUGUAUGCAUUACUUGUCAUGAUCAGUAUUGAAUUGGCCAAUGAGGAAGUGGUGGUGGAUCUGGUCCGACUGGUACUUGCUGUGCAGGACUUAUCUCUGAAUAAUGAGGAUAACCUUCCAGCGUAUAAUCGUUGUGCAUUGCACGCCCUCUGCGCUGCUUACCUGAACCUGAUCAGCCAGCUCACCACAGUGCCCGCCUUCUGCCAACAUAUUCAUGAGGUGAUAGAGAUGAGGAAGAAAGACGCUCCAUAUUUAUUGCCAGAAGACGUCUUUGAGGAAAAGCCAAGGUGGUCGAAGAAUGUUGAUCACAUUGAGACAGAGCUACUGUUCCUGCAGAGUAAAGUCAGCGAGGUCCUGGGGGGAAGCGGUUAUAACUCCGACAGGCUAAGCACACCCUAUGUGCCCCAACUGACAGAUGAGGACCGAUUGUCUAAGAGAAAGAGUAUUGGAGAGACAAUAUCCUUGCAAGUGGAAGUGGAGUCACGGAACAGCCCUGAGAAAGAGGAGAAAGCUCCAGCAGAAGAGAUAACGUUUGAGACGUUAAAAAAAGCAAUAGUUGACAGUGUGGCUGUGGAAGAGCAAGAGCGUGAGCGGAGGCGGCAAGUGGUUGAGAAGUUCCAGAAGGCUCCAUUUGAGGAAAUCGCUGCUCAUUGUGGAGCCAGGGCCUCGUUGCUGCAGAGUAAACUAAACCAAAUCUUUGAGCUGACUAUACGCCCCCCUCCAAGUCCUUCAGGCACCAUCACGGCAGCAUACGGGCAGACACAGAACCACUCGAUUCCUGUCUACGAGAUGAAGUUCCCUGACCUUUGCGUCUACUGA